AGGCGGCCGAAGCGGCGCCGGGGGUCGUGGUCGCCGGCCCUGCGGCGGCCCGCUGUCAGUCUGCUCCCGUCCCGGGCCGGCGGGCGAUGGUGCGGCGGAGCGCGCGGACGCGGGCGGCGCGGCGGCGGGCAUGAGGGAGGAUGGAAGGGCAAGAUGAGGUGUCGGCGCGGGAGCAGCACUUCCACAGCCAAGUGCGGGAGUCCACGAUAUGUUUCCUUCUUUUUGCCGUUCUCUACGUUGUUUCCUACUUCAUCAUUACGAGAUACAAGAGAAAAUCAGAUGAACAAGAAGAUGAAGACGCCAUAGUCAACAGGAUUUCGUUGUGUUUGAGCACGUUCACGCUGGCGGUGUCAGCCGGGGCAGUUUUGCUUUUACCCUUCUCCAUAAUCAGCAACGAGAUCCUGCUCUCCUUUCCUCACAACUACUACAUUCAGUGGCUGAAUGGCUCCCUGAUUCAUGGUCUGUGGAAUCUUGCUUCCCUCUUUUCCAACCUCUGUUUAUUUGUGCUGAUGCCCUUUGCCUUUUUCUUCCUGGAAUCAGAGGGUUUUGCUGGCCUGAAAAAGGGAAUCCGAGCCCGAAUUUUAGAGACUCUGGUCAUGCUUAUUCUUCUCGCGUUGCUUAUUCUUGGGAUAGUGUGGGUCGCCUCCGCGCUCAUUGACAAUGACGCUGCCAGCAUGGAGUCUUUGUAUGAUCUCUGGGAGUUCUACCUACCCUAUUUAUAUUCCUGUAUAUCUUUGAUGGGAUGUUUGUUACUUCUCUUGUGCACCCCCGUCGGCCUCUCCCGCAUGUUCACAGUGAUGGGGCAGUUGCUGGUGAAGCCAACGAUUCUUGAAGACCUGGAUGAACAAAUUUAUAUUAUUACCCUGGAAGAGGAAGCACUCCAGAGACGACUAAAUGGACUGUCUUCAUCAGUGGAAUGCAAUAUAAUGGAGUUGGAACAAGAACUUGAAAAUGUGAAGACCCUUAAGACAAAAUUAGAGAGGCGAAAAAAAGCUUCAGCAUGGGAAAGAAAUUUGGUGUAUCCCGCUGUUAUGGUUCUCCUUCUUAUUGAAACAUUCAUCUCCGUCCUCCUGGUGGCGUGUAAUAUUCUUUGCCUGUUGGUUGAUGAAACAGCCAUGCCAAAGGGAACAAGGGGCCCUGGGAUAGGAAAUGCUUCUCUGUCUGCUUUCGGUUUUGUGGGAGCUGCACUUGAGAUCAUUUUGAUUUUCUAUCUUAUGGUGUCCUCUGUCGUCGGUUUCUAUAGCCUCCGGUUUUUCGGAAACUUUAUUCCCAAGAAGGAUGACACAACUAUGACAAAGAUCAUUGGGAAUUGUGUGUCCAUCUUGGUCUUGAGCUCUGCCCUGCCUGUGAUGUCAAGAACACUGGGAAUCACUAGAUUUGAUCUACUUGGAGACUUUGGAAGGUUUAAUUGGCUGGGAAAUUUCUAUAUUGUAUUAUCCUACAAUUUGCUUUUUGCUAUUGUGACAACAUUGUGUCUGGUCAGAAAAUUCACCUCUGCUGUACGAGAAGAACUUUUCAAGGCCCUAGGGCUGCAUAAGCUUCACUUAUCAGACACGUCAAGGGAUUCAGAAACAUCAAAGCCGUCUGCAAACGGGCAUCACAAAGCACUGUGAGAACGCGCAGCGCUCUGCCACUGACCCGGGAGCCCCCGGCUCCCGACCGCCCCGUCGGUCAGAAAUGACUCGCCCCGGCGGUGCCUCCCGGUGAGCGCCCGGGCCUGGCGGCGCCACCGCUUUCACAGUCUCCUAAGAACUCGGCCGCCACAGGCCACGUGUCCGUUUAACUCCGUGCGGACCCCCUACUCGCCGGCCAGACAGGCUCCUCGGGGCGGCACGUUCUUCUGUGGACGCGGGUGCUGGCGUCGCUUGGUACAGUCACCCAGACGAGCGUGUUUUAAGGCCAACUCCGGGGCUUUCUAAGAACUCAGUUAAAUCCCAUUAUAUACUUUAUUCAAGACGGAGAAGGCCGCGAGAAAGGCAUCGUUGGUGCUUGGCUGUGGAGUGAAGGCCCUGCAGACACGCAGGCUUACAGCUGCCCCCGUUGCGGUGGCGCAUGGGAACGGCAGCGCUCGCAGAUGAGGUUUCUCCCCUCCCUAGGGAAAAGGACAGAAGCGUAGUUCCGGGCUUUGUUUCAGGGUGAUAGCAGUUGGACUUUGAGUCCAGGGAGAAAGGCGAAAUUCUUUUAAAACCCGAUCCGUGGGAGAACACGUGGGAACGCCUGCCACCGCGCGGUGUGGUCAGCUCGGCCGGAAGUAGUACGUGGUCACCGGUCUCCGACGUCUCACGUGUAUGCGACUCAGUAUUACCUCUCGUAACAUAGUUGCCGGUGUUGCAUACACUUGUAACUUAGAUUUUGCCUUAUAGGCUAUGUGUACACUCGGUUUUUUAAAGCAUUUCUUCAGAUAUCUCUCAGUUCCUUGUUCUCCUGGGUCCCAUUAUGAAACUACAAAUCAUCUGUGGUAGAAACCCCGCUGUCACCACACUCUUCGGGCUUUGGUUCCUUUCGUAUAUGCCGAUUUAAACCUCAGAUUUAUAAAAGUUACCAGGUUACCACCCAGAUGCACAGUAUCAGCAUUCAUGAUGUAAGAAUAGCUCUACGAUGUAUCGUGAUCAGAUAAUCAUUCAGUUACUGAAUUGUAAAUAAUUCUUGGGAUGGCUUCUUGACUUUAAGUCCACUGAAUAAAACUAUAAAAUUGUACUCUGUGUUACCAGGCACUAGGAUAGGGUACUGAAAAUUGUGCAUGCAGACACGUGACACGAGCCCCUUUGCACACAAUUCAUAGUUACGCAGUCUCCGGAAACACUUACGUUCACAUGCACUAUGUGUAUGGCAAUAGAUUGUCUGUGUUCAGACAAAAGUAAAAGAACAGUUUUCUCAAGUUGUUUUUUGCAGAAAUUUAUGAAAAUCCGGCUGUAUAUAUUUGACAUAAAAAAUUUCCACUUAGAGCCAAAAUAAUGAGAAAAAUUAAUCUGUAUAUUCCUCAGUUCCAUUGAGUAUACCUCUCCUUUAUACCUCUGCAUUUCCUUCUGAGCUUCUCUGCUUGUUAAAAUGCAGCUUCGUUGUAAAAUAAAAGACCAUUUUGUGAUUCUAAACAACACUCAGUAAAUACCACCAGUGUAGUAUUGGGAAUCUCUCAGCAUGAGACCUGCAUAGUGAGCAAAUGAACAGAAGAUGGCUAUUUCCUGAUUUCACUGAUAAUUACACCUAUUUAAACAUUAAUUGCAAGCUUUGAUUUUUACUGAAACUUGCUUGCAAUCCAUAUUUUGAACAGACCUGGUCAAGGAAAGAAGAGAAAAGAAAGUUCUUUCAAUAAAAGAACAUCACUUGUAACUUAACAUCCAUGGGAAGUUCCGGGGUGUUUGUAAGAUGUCUGAGAAUUUCUGAGUCAAAUAUUAAACUUUUCAAUGUCUGUAUCAA